GCGGACGCUGGGCUUGAGAGGCCGGAAGUCGUGUUGCGGUUGCUCGCAGUUUCAAAAUGCUGCGGAGGCCUUAGGACCAACGCCUGCCACCCCUCCCCCCAGCUAGGAGGGGGUGCGACUCAUGGAGCGGCUGUAAGUUUGCUAACUGACUGCGAAAUCUUCACUGCCAAAAUGACAUCGCACUCCACCUCUGCCCAGUGCUCAACAGCUGACAGUGCUUGCAGAAUUGCUUCGGAACGAACCAGUCAGCAGGUACGACCAAAACUGCCACUUCUGAAGAUUUUGCAGGCAGCAGGUGCUCAAGGUGAAGUAUUCACCAUGAAAGAUGUAAUGCAUUACCUAGGCCAGUAUAUAAUGGUGAAGCAGCUCUAUGACCAGCAGCAACAACACAUGGUGUAUUGUGGUGGAGAUCUUCUGGGAGACCUACUUGGAUGUCAGAGCUUUUCUGUGAAAGAUCCAAGCCCUCUCUAUGAUAUGCUAAGAAAGAAUCUUGUCACGUCAGGCUCUAUUAACACAGAUGCUGCUCAGACUCUCGCUCUCGCACAGGAUCAAAGUGUGGAUAUUCCAAGUCAAGACCGACUGAAGCAUAGUGCAACAGAGUGCUCCAAUUCCAGAAAAAGAACAGAAGAUGAUGAUAGAAAUACACCGCCUACCUCACAACGUAAACGCAGAGAUUCUGGAGGAGAUGAAGACUUGAUAGAACAUUUAACUCAAGAUGAGACAUCUAGGCUGGACCUUGAUUUUGAGGAGUGGGAUGUUGCUGGCCUGCCAUGGUGGUUUUUAGGGAACUUGAGAAACAAGUAUAUAUCUAGAAGUAAUGGCUCAACCGAUUUACAGACAAAUCAGGAUAUAGGUACUGCCAUUGUUUCAGACACUACGGACGAUUUGUGUUUUUUAAAUGAGUCAGUGUCAGAGCAAUUAGAUGUUGGAAUAAAACUUGAAGCUGCUAAUUCUGAGCAAGCAAGUGAAGUAGGGAAAGCAAGUAACAAAAAGGUGAUUGAGGUGGGAAAAAGUGAUGAUCUUGAAUCCUUAAGUGAUGAUACGGAUCUGGAAGUUACUCCUGAGGAUGAGUGGCAGUGUACAGAAUGCAAGAAGUUUAAUUCUCCAAGCAAGAGGUACUGUUUUCGUUGCUGGGCCUUGAGGAAGGAUUGGUAUUCGGAUUGUUCUAAAUUAACUCAUUCUCUCUCCACAUCUAAUAUCACUGCCAUACCUGAAAAGAAGGAGAACGAAGGAAUUGAUGUCCCUGAUUGUCGCAGAACCAUUUCAGCUCCCGUUGUUAGGCCAAAAGAUGUGUAUUUAAAGGAAGAAAAUUCCAAGCUUGACCCUUGCAACUCAGUGGAAUUUUUGGAUUUGGCUCAUAGUUCUGAAAGCCAAGAGACCAUCUCAAGCAUAAGAGAAGAAACAAGCAUUUUUUCUGAGCAGAAAACGGAAACCGAAAGUAUGGAAGAUUGCCAGGAUAUCUUGAAGCUAUGUAGCGUAUGUGAAAAAAGGCCUCGGGAUGGGAAUAUUAUGCAUGGGAAGACGGGCCAUAUGACGACAUGUUUCCCAUGUGCCAGGAGACUGAAGAAGUCUGGGGCUUCAUGUCCUGUUUGUAAGAAAGAGAUUCAGUUGGUUAUUAAAGUUUUUGUAGCAUAGCUGAGUCAGUUGCAGAGAACUAUUAGGAAGACCAGGUCAUUUAUAAAAAAUCAGUAUUCUUAGAGGCAGAGGCACAAUAUCACCAAUUUUGAUGCCAGCCUGGGCCAUAUAGUGAGACCUUGGUUUUAAAAGAAUCAGUAUUAAGCAUCUUUUAUAAAUGUGACCCAUUGUAUGUGUUUAUUUAUAUAAGCAUAUAUGGAAUUUCAGAAGAUCAGUUUUUGAUGGUU